UCCCGCUCGACCAUCUCAGCUCUGCCUCUCGAGUCCCUGAGUCCCCGCAGCCGUCUCUCACGCUCAGCUGCUCUCUCACGCUGUCAACAGCCCCUCGCCGUCGACACUGUUGGUCCGUUCUGUUCUCCUCCGCUUCCAGUUGUUCCCGAGGCUACAGAAUCACAGAUAUUGUUUUCCCCUCUCUCGGCGAGCUAAUCGUUCACACAGAGAAGAGAAGCCAAAACCCUACUCUGGUCUCCUUCACACCUAGAGAUAGUUUGCAGCUCCAAAAUAAAAAAACAAUGGCGAGGUUAUUAUCGAGUAUGAUGCUGAAGGGCAUUGCGGUCUCCCGUUCUAGUAGAACUGUAUGCGGAUCCUUUUACCACAAUGGGAUGAGAUAUUCAACUACUGUGCCCAGUGAUCCUGAUACACAUGAAGAUUUUAGACCCACUAAUAAGCUUGAGAGUUCUCCCCUUUCUUUGAAGGAUGUUGUUGAGCAGGAUGUCAAGGAGAAUCCUGUAAUGAUUUACAUGAAAGGAGUUCCCGAAUUUCCUCAGUGUGGAUUCAGCUCAUUGGCAGUUAGAGUCUUAAAACAAUAUAAUGUUCCUUUGAGCGCUAGAAAUAUUCUGGAAAAUCCUGAGCUGAAAAGUGCUGUAAAAUCCUUCAGCAAUUGGCCCACAUUUCCACAGAUAUUCAUCAAGGGAGAGUUCAUUGGAGGGUCAGAUAUUAUUCUCAACAUGCACCAGACUGGUGAACUGAAGGAAAAGGUGAAAGAUAUUGCUGCUAAUCAGGAAAAGUCUGAAUGACGUAGUGAAUCUAAAAAUGGUCAAGGGUGUCACUAGAAAUUUUGUGAUCUCGAUAUUGGAUCAUUGAUAAAAAAAAAAGUGACGAGAUAUGGGAUUCUAUACUUUUAUGUGCUAGUUUACUGCAGGGUUCGUAUGAUAAGCUUGAAAUUUUAAACAAUAAAUGCGGCGUAUUACUCUGCCUUCACCUGCCAUUGGAUUUGUUGUGUAGUGAUCUAAUUUAUUAUUUUUUUUCUCUACUAAAUUUUGUGGCUGAACUUCAUGGUUUUGAAUUAUUGUGAAUCAAAUACAAGAGAAGCCACACUUCAUCUUCUGUUC